AAACCAAAUUCCAUUUCUAAUGAGUUUGAUAUAUCGAAUAGAAGGAAAAUGAAUACAAGAAUUAGUUGUUUAUUCGAAAAAAAUUAUCGUCAGACUUUAACGAGUAGUGGUGUUUUAAUCGAAAAAGAUUGAUCAGUGCGCGUGUUUUGAAAAAAAGUGAAAUAUAUUUAUUAGUGAGUGCGGUGUUGAAUAAUUAUUCUAUCCACAACACAAACCCACAGCGACCCACAGGAAACAAUUAGAGUGACGAAUGGAAAAUAAAAGUAUGGUAAUUUGGAGACAUUAUUAAAGUUCUCGUGCCCCAAUCUGAGUGUAACGUUCACGUUUACGUGUCCGGAACGAAAACUAUGUGGCACGAGGCAUGAUGAAGGGGAGAAGAAUCGGUGAUCCACAAGCAAGAGAGGAAAAUCUGGAGACUUGCCAGAAGAGUCGUCAGAACUGCAGAGUGUCAUUCCUCCUAUUGGCAAUCUGUGCGUUGAUCCCAAAUCCAACUAUUUCCGCGCCUGUUCAGAUUCAUAGCAGCAUCUCCGUGGAAAAAUCCCAGGGUAUAUCCUUAACAGAAGACCCCGAGGGAGAUGUACCUGUUUUCGAGCAGACCGCUGCCAAUGUUUCCGCCUUGGAAGGUCAAACGGCCUAUCUCCCCUGCCGUGUUCGAAAUUUGGGCGAUAAAGUGGUAUCCUGGAUGAGAAGUAGAGAUCUUCACAUCUUGACCACAAGUGAGAUUACCUUCAGUUCAGAUUCGAGAUUUAGCCCGCAGCACUCGCCUGGAAGUGAUGCUUGGACGCUACGACUGGAUCGUGCCAAAAAGACAGAUUCUGGAAAGUACGAAUGUCAGGUCAACACUGAACCAAAAAUCAUGUAUGCAGUUCAGCUUUUUGUACGAGAUCCUGAUAAACCUGAAGGGUUCGAUGAACCUUUUUCUCAACAAACCCGAAUAAGUUUCGAGAGUACAGCGCCAGUCGCGGCUAUAAUGGGACCACGUGAGCAAAGGGUGCCUUCCGGGUCGACAAUCACCCUAAGGUGUGUCAUAACCUCCCCCUAUCAGACGCGUCCCAUCAGGGCUGUACAAUGGCUUCGAGAUAAUAAACUCCUGACAAUCCUGGCAAAACGAGGAGGCAUUAAUGUUGAGACUGAAAAAAGUUCGGCACAAACGAUUUCGUCAGCGACACUCGCAUCCGUUACUCCAGACGACUCUGGAAAAUAUUCGUGUAGACCAACCGAAGGUCUACAAGACACCAUCACCUUAAUCGUUGAUCCAGGAGAGAGAACCGAAGCCAUGCAAAGGGAUGCUGGAUACAUCUCUUCCGGAAGUGACAUUAGGUGUUGGUCUCGACUCCUCCUUCCUUUGGCGUGGCUUCUAACCAUCGCCCGAAACAGACAAACUUUCCUGCAUUAAAGCAAUUACAGUAUUUUAUGUGUACCUCGCUAAAAGAUACAUGCACACCCAGACAAGAUCUGUUGAUAGAAGAGGCCAGCAUUAAUUUAUUAGUUUAAUUUUCAAGUAAUUUACAAACUUUCCAAACAAAGAGAGAGGUGGGACAUUGAAAAAAUUUCUCAUCUUUAAGAAAUAUUUCUCGCUUUUGUACAUAAAUACAUUACAUUUAUAUUAUAGUUUUCUCGCAUUGAAAAUUGAAUCAUAUUUUCCGAAAAGUCAACCAAUGCUUCAUCUUUUUUUUGUUUUUAAGUAUAGCAAAACAGUUGAUAGUGUGUAGGAACUUUUAAUCAUUCCAUAACUGUAUUUAUUAUUUUUUUUUGAAAAAAUAAUUUCUUUUUGAUAAAAAUGUGAAAAUAGUACGAUUUGGGCAUAUUUUUGGGACGAAUAUUGACGAAUAUUUAGAGAUUUAAUAAGGAGAUGCUAUUCUCCACCUGAGAACGCCAAGGUCACCGCUAGAUGUCAGUUCAGUUCUUUCUUGGAUUUUUUACUGACAUCUGGUGGUGAUCUUGGCGUUCUCAAGUGGAGAAAUUCUAUCAAAAAAUUGAUAUUUUUAGCAAGAGCCAGGAAAAAAAUGAAAAAUUAAAUUAAAUACAAACAAAAUAAUUAAAAUUAUCAAAAUAUUUCCGAGGGACACAAAAAUUGAAGACUUUCAUAGAUAUACCCAUAUCUAAUAAAUAAUCUCUAUUUUUAUCUUUUUUAUUAUAAAAAAAAAUACAAUCAAAUGAUAAAAUGAUCAAUCUUCCAUAAUUUAUUUUUGAAAUGUAAUAAUUCAAUUUUAUUCACAAAUUUAUUUCCUUUUAAAUUUUUUCCAU